AUGCCACAGGGCGGUCCUUACAGCUGCCUGGGGUACAUGCUGCUGGUACUCUGCAGCUUGAAGGCUACCCUCGCCUUUCCCAACUCCUCUCCGCUGCUGAAUCCCAGCUGGGGGAGUGGAGAUCGCCUGAUGCACCUCUACACAGAUACAGAGAGGAACAGCUUCCAUCUCCAAAUCAAUGCUGAUGGCUACAUUGAUGGUGUUCCUCACCAAACCAUUUACAGUGCCCUAAUGAUCAAGUCCGAGGGUGCUGGGUCAGUAACAAUCACAGGUGUGAAGAGUGGACGCUACCUGUGUAUGGACAUGAAAGGAAACAUUUUUGGUUCGCAUUACUUCAGCCAAGAGGACUGCGUGUUCAACCACAGGACGCUGGAAAAUGGAUAUGAUGUGUACCAGUCUCCCAAACACAACUUCCUGGUUAGCUUAGGCAGAGUUAAACAAGCUUACUUCCCUGGUAUGAAUCCACCACCAUACUCCCAGUUUUUGUCCAGGAGAAAUGAAAUCCCUUUGUUUCGAUUCAACACACCUGAGCCCCACAGAAAUACUAGAAGUGCAGAUAUUGAUCCAAUGGAUCCUCACCAGAUCCUGAUCCCGCAGAGAAAGAUCUCUGCAUUCGGAUCUCAGUCGCAGCAGCAAGCAGACUUUUCCCACAUGCCCAGAGAACCCAUGAGAAUCAACCAGAAUGAUGUGGUCAACCCAGAUGACCCACAUGCUAUGAUGGAUGCCAGGAGAUAUGCAAGUCCUCGCUUUUAUAUUACAAGAUAA